AUGGCUGCAUACUAUUGUGGGCAGAAGGUAUUUGAUGUGACACAGUAUGGGGCAAUGGCUGACAGCAAGACUGACAACAUCCAGUGGGCCUUCUCAAAUGCUUGGAAAGCAGCAUGUGAGUUCAAUGGGCCUACAAGCUUAGCAAUUCCUCAGGGAAUAUUUUUUGUUGGCCCAGUCAUUUUUAGAGGUCCUUGUUAUAACAAUAUUAGUAAUGCAAAAAUUGCCAACCUCACAUUUCUCGACAGCAAAGGCUUCCACAUGAGCAUCCAAAGGAGCUCCAAUGUCACCAUUCGAAACCUCAACAUCUCGACCACUGAAAAUAGCCACAACACUGAUGGCAUCCACAUUAGCGGUAGCAACAAUAUCGAUCUUGCUACCCUGACCAUUGGCACUGGUGAUGACUGCAUCUCCAUUAGCCAAGGGAACACUAACGUCUCCAUCUCUAAUGUUGCUUGUGGCCCUGGUCAUAGUAUUAGUAUUGGAAGCCUAAGAAAGUAUAUGAAUGAGAAGAAUGUAGCUGGGGUAAAUGUGAGGAACUGCACAGUCUCAAGCACAUCGAAUGGAAUUAGGAUCAAGACAUGGCAUGGGGCACCUCCAAGUGAAGCCUCAGACAUAACAUUUGAGGGCAUCAUCACAGAGAAUGUCUCUAACACCAUCAUCAUAGACCAAAAGUAUUCCCGAGGCAUCACUGCAGUAAUGAGAGGAACUUCAAAUAAAGUAGUUGCAGUGAAUUUUAUGUGCAGCCAAUUGGUGCCUUGUGAGAAUGUGACACUCCAUGAUAUUAAUCUAGAAUUUGUGUCUAGUUCUGGUAGUUCUAGCAUCACCUCCUCACUCAUUCAAAAUAACUCCUCACUUGUUCAAAACAUUACCUCCUCUUGUUUAAAUGUCAAAGGGAUGGCUUUAGGGAUCCAAAAGCCUGCCACAUGCCUUUAA